CCCCGCUACCCCUCGGCCCCCUCCCCUCCCCCUGCCUCUAUUCUCAGUCGCAGCCCGAGCGCCGCCGUCAUUCUGCCUCCGAGAGAGACCGCGACCACGGCGCUCCCCCCGCCUCAAGAUGCACGGCCAGCUGCUGCUCGCUGCGCUGCUCCUCUCCGGCUGCACCUGGGCGAGCCCCAAGCCCGAUGAGAAGGAGGAGGAGGCGCAACCACAAGCAGCACUCAGCAGCAUCCACCGGGUGCUGCUGAGCCGGAGGCCUCGCACGCUCACGGCCAACAACAUCUACGUGUACGAGAACCUGCGGGGAACCUUCCCUCGCGAGGUCGGCAAGGCGGAGGUGACGGACCGCCUCCCGGGCGAGGUUUACUUCCGGCUGCACGGCGCCGGCGCUGACGAGGAGCCGCGCGGGGUGUUCACCAUCAACGAGAGGGACGGCACCAUCUUCGUCACCCAUCCGCUGGACCGCGAGUACAUCGCCCAGUACCAGCUGCGGGUGGAGGGCGUGAGGGUGGACGGCUCGCAGCUGGAGAAGCCCGUGCUGCUGGAGGUGCGCGUGCUGGACCUCAACGACAACAAACCACAGUUCACGCACGGGCCCUACAAGGGCACGGUGCAGGAGGGCUCGCCCAACGGGACGGUGGUGAUGAUGAUGACGGCGGAGGACGCGGACGAGCAGGACACGGACAACGCGGAGCUGCGCUACACCAUCCUGAGCCAGUCGCCCACGGUGCCCAGCGCCCACAUGUUCACCAUCGACCCGGAGACGGGGAGCAUCACCACCAACGUGGACGCGGCACUGCUCGACCGUGAGUCUCUCCCAACGCUGGCGUACGAGCUGGUGGUGGAGGCGCGCGACACGCCGGGGGUCGAGCAGGGCCUCACCGGCACGGCCACCGCCACGGUGCACAUCACCGACAAGAACGACCACGCGCCCGUGUUCACACGCACCUCGCACGCGGUGACGCUGCGCGAGGACGCGCGCGGCGUGUUCCUGAACCUCACGGUGGAGGACAAGGACGAGCCGGGCGGCCCCGCGUGGCGCGCCGUCUUCCACAUCGCCCACGGCAACGACGCAGCCCUCUUCAACGUCAGCACCAACCCCAAGACCAACCAGGGCAUGCUGGCCGCCGUCAAGCCCCUGGACUUCGAGCGCUCGUCGGCGCACGAGUUGGUGAUCGUGGCGGAGAACGAGGAGGCGCUGGCUGCGGGCGUGAAGGCCGGCCCCUCGUCCACGGCGACGGUGCGCGUGACGCUCACGGACGUGAACGAAGCGCCCGAGUUCGCGCCCUCGCCCGCGCUCGCCAUCACGUGGCGCGAGAACGCCGCCCCGGGCACCACGCUGCUCAGCCUCAACGCCACCGACCCCGACCGCGCGCACAAGCAGACAGUGCGGUACGCGGUGCUGUCGGACCCGGCGGGCUGGCUCAGCGUGGUGCCCACAACGGGACAGGUGCGCACGCUCAAGCGCCUCGACCGCGAGUCGCCCUUCGUCAACAACAGCCGCUACACGGCGGCGUUCACCGCCACCGACAACGGAGUCCCGCCGGCGACAGGCACGGCGACACUGGUGAUCACGCUGCUGGACGAGAACGACAACGCGCCGCACGUGAUGCCGGCCGACCUGCGCGUGUGCGCGGGGCCGCGCAACGCCUCGUCCCCGCCGCUCGGCAUGCUCUGGGCCCGGGACCUUGACCUGGCGCCCAACGGCGAGCCCUUCCUCAUCGCGCUGCCCAAGUCGCCCAUGGGGCUCGACAAGACCUGGAGGCUCACCAAGGUCAACGGCACGCACACCGAGGUGCGGCUCCUGCAGACGCUCAAGAAGGGCCGCCACCUCCUGCCCGUGGUGGCCUCGGACUCGGGAAAUCCGCCCCAGAACAACCACACCAACGUGCCGGUGCUGGUGUGCCUGUGCCCUAAGGGCAAGAUGGAGUGCGGGGCGGUGGGGCUGGCGCCCCUCAGCGUCCUGGCACUGCUCGCCAUCGGGCUCCUGUCGACCUGGGGGCCGUGAGCGCACCUCUCCCUGGCAGCCUGCUCGCUCGCUCGCUCGCACGCACACGGAGCCACCGACAUUUACUCUCCCUGGGGCGUCCGUUAUAAGAAGGAAGACCAACCUCGCUCUGCAUGAAAACGCCGGCCGACUUACUGUGUGUGCGGAGGAAGGUUUGUGCGUGCGCGGCGCGCCCAGCGCGUGUGAUUUCUGCCGAGGUAGCGCGUAUUUGAUUAACUCGUUGGUAACGGGGUACCUUGUGCCAUUUAUAUCCUCGUUUGAAUGUGCAUUGGCAUUUGCUAGUCGAAAUUAAAUCUCUACUGUACUCAUUAAUACGUGUUGUCUGUUAAAAACUAGGGCUUUGGUCUCUGUGUUUACGGAUAGAUUUUUCUGUCUCUAUUUAGCCGUGCUUAUCUCAGGCUCGUGUGGCACCGAUCACGUAAUCAAAGCUUUGCAUCCCCUGCGCAUUCGUCACCGAAACGUGUGCAGGCCCCGGGAAAAGCGCCCCGCCGCCACGUACGCGGCGGCCACGCAGCGUUACGGGGGAAAGGCCCACGGCCCCUGACCAGCCGAGCAGAGUGAACCCCCCUAGCCUGCUCCAUAGCCUGGCUCAGGCCUCGCUGUCAACAGGGAAUGCGCUUCUGAAUAUCGUGCUUGGGGACAAUUGUGGCAGCGAGGCAUCAGGACUGCACAGCACCGACGAUCUUUAAUGCGGAUGCUUAUAGUUGUUGUACUAUCUUAACAUUUAAAAUUGCCGUAUUCCCAGCUGGGAUGGGCACGUGUGGGCAUACACGCUCUCUGGAUCAGCGGUGUUUUAGGACGUUCUCCCGUAAUGCUGUCGCUUUAUAGGCUUCGCUACGAAGGGGGCCCACAAUCGUGAUGAGCGAGGUGCCGCAGGGCAAUGAGGAAAUGCGACGAUGUAUCGUAGAUGUGGCCGAGCGUCGUUUCCGGCAUUGCUUUUGUUUUUGUAAGAUGUCAAACUUGGAGCUGUCUGUUUCAUGCGCAGUCUGGUGUCGUGCGGAUGAACGAUUCGGGGUUAGGAAAUUAAAGAGAUGCAUUUAUUUAGAGCAACACAUCAUAACAUGCUUAUGAAUUCAUUGGGAUGGCAACUGGAAGGAAAUGGCAUUGAUGAAGAGGAAGAGAGGGGGGGUAAUAAUAAUUCAAAUUUAUAAUGUGCAUUCCAUCAUAGGAUCCCAAUGCGCCUAAUGGGAGAGUGGACAACCAUGGAGUCAACGCCUCAGAGCGUUCUGUCUGCAUGAGCGACUUGGAAGCAUAUUUCAAUUGCUGGCACCUGGAUUUCAAACGUUUGAUUUCUAUGGAAAAACAAACCCCCACAUCCUCCAGGGUCGGUUGUGCAGCCACGAAUGUAGCGUCCAGCAGCAUGGACGAGGAAAUCUCACUUCCAAACGCCGAUGUGGACAGAGCGACGCCAGGGAGGCCACUUAUGCGUUGUCGACGCGCGAGGGGUUCGUCACGUGCGUCGCACGAACCGCUCCCGGCGGGUUUAAACAAUUGCUAGAUUGAGGCCACAAGGCCGAGGUGUUUUGUCAGGAUAAUCGUUAAGCGACGCCAUAACUCGUUCUCGUACGCUUGGGUGCAAGUCCAGUGCCCAGGUGUGUUAUUCGUCACGGCUCCGACGUGUUCUCCCCCGACACCUGCGAGGCGUCUGCGGUUGCCGCGGGGUGCACGCUCGAUUGCCGCAGCCACGCACUCUACCAUUGACGCCGAUUUCCAGACUCCCAAACGUAGCCUCGACACCCAUUUCUUCGGUACGGCAGCCGCUCUUUGCCGCCCACCGAAGGUCAAGCGACGUUACCGUUUCCCCGUAGACUUUCACCAAGGUUGGUAAUGCGCGUCCUGCGACGUGAUGCCGAUUUUAAAGCUGUUGUAAAUUUACUUUAAAAUAUAUUUAGCACGCGAUCACAUCCUUUGCCCUCGUUUGUAGGCUCGCGGAGGCAAAUGCUGUCUGGAGUAGGCCUCAUUGAGAGCGCGCACCAUUGUGAAGGCCGCGUCUUUAGCGUCUUUUUCGACACGGUGUCUGACGUUGAGCUUCUUAACUUCAGUUUCUGAAGGGGCCCACAGAGCACGCGGAGCGUACGCGUCAGACAUCGCGCUGAGCGACGCAAAGUACAAACCGGAACACACAUUGGAGUGUGCGUAGCAGUUUGAUACAAAUGCCUCAGCGCUGCGUGCCAGAGAACAUGCUUCCCGCUGCAAGUGUAGCUGGUGUGCAUCCAGGUGUUCUGAAGCUUGUAUGUGUGCAAUUGUGUUGAGCAAAGCGCAAAUGUUCUGUUCAUCUUUUUGUGUUGUUUGUGUAUAUUCUGAAGCCUAGACGAAAACCAGUUUGAGUUUUUUAAAAUAAAAAUGCCUUUGGAUGAUUAUUACAGAAAGAUAGUGUGCACGCGUCAAGAACAGAUUGGCGUUGAGCCGUUGGAGUGGGAUCCCCUUGUGACGUCACGCUCACCGCGUGGAUCUUUGGUGGAAUGGCUUAAAAUGGCCCGCGGAAUCGGAUCUUUACACACCCUGCGUCACACUGCCGCUACUCGUAACAGAAAAAAAAAGGCAACGCGCUCGCGGUGAACGGCCGUGGCCUCCGCAGCACACACAGAGAGAGGCCAGACGUGGAGAUCGCUCCGCCUCUCGCCUCUCUGUGUGCUGUGCACCAGCGACAAUGUAUACUUUUAAAGAUUAUUAUUUUACAUUUUUCUCUUUUUAAGGCCACGGUGUUUCUUGACUAAUGCGUUGCGUCGUUUUAUUAUUUGCGCGUGUGCACCACUGCCAACGCAGCAGCAUCAGCAGCAGCAGCGUCACCAGAUAUAAUGUGGCCACGACUGCACGCACCAGCAUUGAGCUUCCAGAGCUUGUGCUGAAGCAGUGCCGAAAGACCCACCACAUUACUAUUGAUCCAUGCGUCCUUCAGAAAACUAAACGAUCCACGGACCGGGAUUCAUGCAAUGUUUACCAUUGCCAAAUAAUUACAGGAGUGAAUUUUGUAAGUCGGCUGUGGAAACCGCCCCAACAAGCCGUAUCGCAUACGCGACAGCACAAGUUCCCACGAGAGGUUUGGUGAUUUAAAAAACCGCCAUCAAACCAUGCAAUGCUGGUGGCAGUUGCUUCUGCCAGGGGCUUUGGAAGCGAUUGCUCGAUCGACCUGUGAUGCCUACGAUGUUGUUUCUGUUUGUCUAUCAUGGUGCACAGGGUGACCCAAAUUGUCAACAAACAACACCUGUCAACGCAUUAUAUUUCAUAAGAGAUACGGCUGGAGAUGGAGAUACGUUUUUUUUCUUCAAUUGGAUAAAUAUUGCAAGAAGUAAGCGACAAAAUAAAGAACGUGCGUGGUGUUGGUUAACGAACUCGCCGCCCGCGGUGUGAAAGUGUCACGGGCGCGAGGUCUUGUCGUCGCCACGGCGGGCGCCACUCCAACGGAACAAAGCGGCGCGUCGAUUCCAUUUCAUUUUACAUAACCGGCGACGGUGAUCACCAAGAACGUCCUCACUUAGGAGACUGGCCUGCCAGCUUGUUGCAUUGUGUGUGUUUUUUUUUUACUUAUAUACUACACAGUGCAGGAUUAAAUGAAGGCAAAUUCUCGACUGAGCGGAGUGCUUCGCGUGCUCAGUGGUGUCACAGCCGAAGAGCUCGUUCGCUCAUAGACACUGCACCCCAUCGAUCCGUGGACGCUGCUGGUUGUGGGGGUCAGCGGCUAUUAAUGUCCGUCACAACACGGCCAUGGCCAAGGUCAAGCGAGAAUCGCGUCUCGUUGGCAGCCUCGAUGUCACGAGUUGGCCGCUCACGGGUCCCGCCUUGUGCCCUGGCUCACCGCUCCGUGCCACGACCUCAAAGGGGGAAGGAUGGCCCUCGCAAAAGGACGGCCCCCGCAGAGCGGGCGCCCGUUCGUGUUGCAGGGAUGUCGCCCGCUUGUGCGUGUCUUUGGCCCGCCCUGCGAGGCUGCGCUGCAAAGUGCGGCAGCCCUGCCGGGCCGGCGGUGGAAAUUUUGCUACGCAGCACGACCACUGUCGAUUCCCCACAGUGUGUUUUAAGUUUGGUUGUCCUUCCCCCGCACCACCGAUGAGCCACGGUUGGCUACGUACGGUGCGAGAGAAGUUCAACGUACAGGUGCGCGCAAUGUGGCGCUCGCGUUCUCAACCUUGGCGGGAUAGCGGGGCGAGUCGACCCCAGAUUUAGCAUUGAAACUCGCAGCUUUGCGAUCGCGAAGGCGUUCGCUCUAACCGCAGUGCAAAACCCGGCCGGAGUUUGCCAUUCCACAUUACCGCGAACGCUCUACAAUUGACUCCCGAGUACGUGGACCUAUGUGUUUUUUUGCCGUCUGAUAGAAGCGUGCAGUCCCGCGAGAGUGUCAGCGGGAGGGCCUGUGCGGUGAGGUCACAGCAGAGCCGCUGAAGGUCCGAAGGGGGCAGCACCCCCCACGUGGCCGCGCGGAGCCGCUCGCGACGACGUCCAGGCUGAAGCGCCACGGCCCGCGGCUCGGCGUGACGGGGCCGUGGCGUCGCGAAGACCCCUCGGUGCUCCUCCCGUGCACAGAGCUCGCUACCCCCCUUGCUGGCCUGAACGCAAAAGUGAAAUUACACGGCUAUAUGAAGUGCAUUGUUAAAAAAAUAAAGCCACAAGGUUUGGGUGCUGAAAUGUCCAAUAAACUAAAAAAAAUUGCCUUUACUUGAAA